AUAUAUGUACGUUAAAAUGGAUUGACUUAUAAUGUCAGAAGACGCAGGGGCGAUCUCACUUCAGAUUCAUUCUGGAGGAAGUGGUUAUGUAGACUCCGAAAAAGCGGAGCUUCUAGACGUCAAACACAGGGUGCAGUUGACCGUGGCUGUGAGGUUAAGGAGGGCCGCCAUUGUUGUGUCCUGGCUCUCCGUCCUAUUUGGGUUUACUCAGGGUGUCACGGCAGUCGCUUUUGCUUUAAAACUCAGCAGUGACACGCUGUUUGGAUUUGGACUUAAUGCAAUAUUAGACAGCACAUCAUCUAUUGUGGUAUUAUGGCGAUUUCACAGCAAAGAUCUCUACUCCGAGAGCCGAGAACGAAAGGCCUGUUUUAUUAUAGCCAUUUUAUUUGUGGUGUCCAGCACCAGUUUACUGACGAUGUCCAUUGUUACACUGGUCAAAGAAACCAAAGAAAAACAGCUUGUGACACUGAGCAUACUGUCCUUGGUCAAUGGCUGUUCUAACCUUGUAUUAGGGAUUAUAAAGUUUGGUAUAGGAUACAAACUGGAGAGUAAAUCGUUGAUGACAGAUAGCGUAAUCACGUUUGUCGGCGCCGUGAUAAGCUUUUCGGCUUUCCUAGCCAUAGACCUGUAUGAGCAUAACUCCUCUCUUUGGUAUAUAGACAAUGUGUUCGGUGUUGGCUGCAGUUUAUUCCUGUAUUUAUUUGCCAUUAGAUUAUUCUGCCAGUUUUGCAGCAGCGGAUCAUCUGUGCAAUCAUGAAUGCUAACACGUUUGAUAUAAACUACCCCAGUGAAUAAACUGCCAGUAACAUGAUUCGAAAAUCAAUGGCAUUUUGUUAUUUUUCAUAAAACUAAUAACUAUACAAGGUAUUAUCUGUUGUCUGAUAUGCUCUUUUCUUCAACUUAUACAUGCAAAUCCAUUAUUUAUUGCUAAAAAGAUUUAUGAUAGCAUAUUUCUGUGCCUAUCUAUAAGUUUAUUCUCUACAGCACUUAUAUCAACAAGCAAUGUACAUGUAUCUAUAUCAACAAGCAAAAUAGCUAUGUUAAAAUAAAACAAAACAUUACAUGUUACAAUUCCUUCAUAUACAGUUGAACUUCGGUAUCGUGAACACGGAUAUCUCGGAUAUGUCGAAGUCAUUUUAAAGUCCCAACUGCUUAUUCCUUCAGUAUUUUACCGUGUAUAUCUCGAAUCCACGGAUAUCUCGAAGUAUUUUCUCGGACCCUUCGAGUUCGAGAUAACGAGGUUUGGCUGUAUAUCUUACGGUAUAAUGUUGGCUUUUACGU